CAGGGCGGCCCGGGCACCCUCCCCGGGCACGGCGCACCCUCUCCCGGCACGGCGCAUGGACUGAUCCCGGAGCGCAGCGCAGCGCAGCUCCGCACCCCACCGGCCGCUGCAGCCCGGCCGACUCUUCUCUCGCCCGCCGCUGUGCUCUGGGCUCUCCGUGGGCUCUCGGAGUCUCCCACUCGUCACCCUUCCCUCUUCAACUUUGAAGGGUCCGUGCAGUGCGGGCCACAAGAUUUCCGGGAGCUUUCCUGAUUUUUGCUUUUAUUCUGUGCGCCCCUUCCCGCGGGGACCCACCGGGAGCCAGUGCCCAUGGAUAUAAUCUUGGUCCUGUGGGUUUGUUUGAGCGCAGCCAGGUCAGUGGUAGGCUUUGGAAUGGACCCUGACCUUCAACUUGACAUUAUCACUGAGCUUGAUCUUGUGAAUACAACUGUUGGAGUUACUCAGGUGUCAGGACUACACAAUACCAGCAAAGCAUUUUUGUUUCAAGAUGUAGAAAGAGAGAUCCAUGCAGCCCCACAUGUGACUGAGAAGUUAAUUCAACUCUUUCGGAAUAAAAGUGAAUUCACGUUCCUGGCUACUGUGCAGCAGAGGCCAUCAACUUCAGGAGUGAUUCUGUCUAUACGAGAGCUGGAACACAGCUAUUUUGAACUGGAGACCAGUGGCUUGAGGGAUGAGAUAAGAUAUCACUAUAGAUUUAAUGGGAAAUCAAGGACGGAAGCUUUUCCCUACCGGAUGGCUGAUGGCCAGUGGCACAAGAUUGCUCUGUCGGUUAGUGCUUCCCAUCUUCUGCUCCAUGUGGACUGCAACAGGAUUUAUGAGCGAGUGAUAGACCCUCCGGAGACCAACCUCCCCCCAGGAAGUAACUUAUGGCUUGGGCAGCGCAACCAAAAGCAUGGCUUGCUGAAAGGUGUCAUUCAAGAUGUGAAAGUCAUCUUUAUGCCAAAUGGAUACAUAACACAAUGUCCUAACCUGAAUCGCACAUGUCCAACCUGCAGUGAUUUCUUAAGCCUGGUGCAAGGGAUAAUGGAUUUGCAAGAGCUUUUGGCCAAAAUGACUGCCAAACUGAAUUAUGCAGAAACGAGGCUCAGUCAGUUGGAAAACUGCCAUUGUGAGAAGACCUGUCAAGUAAAUGGACUGAUCUAUCGAGACCAAGACUCCUGGGUAGACGAUGAUCACUGCCGGAAUUGCACGUGUAAAAGUGGAGCGGUAGAAUGCCGGAGGAUGUCCUGUCCCCCUCUCAACUGCUCUCCUGACUCACUCCCUGUCCAUAUUGGAGGCCAGUGUUGUAAAGCUUGUCGCCCAAAGUGUAUCUAUGGUGGAAAAGUUCUCGCUGAGGGCCAUAGAAUUUUAACCAAGAGCUGUCGAGAAUGUCGAGGUGGUGUUUUAGUAAAAGUGACUGAAACAUGUCCUCCUUUGAACUGCUCAGCGGAAGAUCACAUUCUUCCAGAGAACCAGUGCUGUAGCGUCUGCAGAGGUCAUAACUUUUGUGCAGAAGGACCCAAAUGUGGUGAAAAUUCUGAGUGCAAGAACUGGAACACCAAAGCUACCUGUGAAUGCAAGAGUGGUUAUAUUUCUAUCCAAGGAGACUCUGCAUACUGCGAAGAUAUUGAUGAAUGUGCUGCUAAGAUGCACUAUUGCCAUGCUAACACGGUGUGUGUUAACCUGCCUGGAUCGUAUCGUUGUGACUGUGUCCCAGGAUAUAUCCGUGUGGAUGACUUCUCAUGUACAGAACAUGAUGAAUGUGGUAGCGGCCAGCACACCUGUGAUGACAAUGCAAUCUGCACUAAUACUGUCAGGGGACACAGCUGCACCUGCAAACCUGGCUAUGUGGGCAAUGGAACCAUCUGCCGAGCUUUCUGUGAAGAAGGAUGCAGAUAUGGAGGGACGUGUAUGGCCCCUAAUAAAUGCCUCUGUCCAUCUGGAUUCACAGGAAGCCACUGCGAAAAAGAUAUUGAUGAAUGUACAGAGGGAAUCAUUGAGUGCCACAACCAUUCUCGCUGUGUUAACCUGCCAGGGUGGUACCACUGUGAGUGCAGAAGCGGUUUCCAUGACAAUGGAACCUAUUCACUUUCCGGAGAAUCCUGUAUUGACAUAGAUGAAUGUGCCUUAAGGACCCACACCUGUUGGAACGAUUCUGCCUGCAUCAACCUCGCAGGAGGGUUUGACUGCCUUUGUCCUUCUGGGCCAUCCUGCUCUGGGGACUGUCCCCAUGAAGGCGGCCUAAAGAGAAACGGUCAAGUGUGGACUCUGAAAGAGGACCGGUGCUCAGUGUGUUCCUGCAAGGAUGGAAAGAUAUUCUGCCGACGGACUGCUUGUGAUUGUCAGAAUCCAAGUGUUGAUCUCUUCUGCUGCCCAGAAUGUGACACCAGAGUUACCAGUCAGUGUUUAGACCAAAAUGGACAUAAACUCUAUCGAAGUGGAGACAACUGGACAUACAGCUGCCAGCAGUGCCGCUGCAUGGAAGGAGAAGUGGACUGCUGGCCACUCACCUGCCCCAGCCUGAGCUGCGAGUACACGGCAGUCUCCGAAGGGGAAUGUUGCCCCCGCUGCGUCAGUGACCCCUGCCUGGCCGAUAACAUUGCCUACGACAUCAGAAAAACCUGUCUAGACAGCUAUGGCGUGACCAGACUUAGCGGUGCCAUUUGGACAAUGGCUGGAUCCCCCUGCACAACCUGCAAAUGCAAGAAUGGAAGUGUGUGCUGUUCUGUGGAUUUAGAAUGUCUUCACAAUAACUGAAGUAUUUAGCAUGGACUUACCUGGGUGAGGAAAACGAUAGACACAGUGAUCACUCAAAAUAAUGAAGAAGUUGGUGUUUUAUAUCACAGACAAUUACCAAAGGCUCCAUCAGACGAAGAUAUUGGGGAGCUGCCUUUUGGGACCUACCACUAUGCUCAUUCUUGCUAAUCUAGUCUAGAUGACUUACAGUCCAACACAUAUAAGUCUAUGAUUGUUUAAAAAAAAAGUCUCCCAUGUUGUAAAUCACCUCUCUUCCCUAUCAGAUCAUCUGAAAACACACUGAAAUGAUUUCAUGGUAAACUUGGCUGUGUUUUUUGGUUUAUACUUUGUGUAUUGACAUGAGAGAAAUUUGCCUUCCCACCCCUACCCCAAUCCCCUUCCUUUUUAAUUUUUGGAGCUAGAGUCUAGAUUCUAUCAAUAAAGCUUCCUGUGUGAUUUUUGUCCCAUACAAUGCAUCCUCAGUUCUGAUGAUCCUGUCACAUAUAUUAAUAUAAAUACGUGUGUUUGUUAGCUAAGAGUCCUGAGUAGCACCCCUUUGUCAGAGAAAUUGGACUUCUGAAACACUUCAAUACCCAUUUAACAAAUAGAGGCUCCAAGCAAUCAAGAUGCAAUUGGGUGAAAAAGGCAGGAUUGGCAGGGGAAAAAGCCAGAAACUUUGUAAAGUGAUGAAAGUACCUUCCCUAUCAAGGUCAUCUACACUUCAAUAUUCCAAGUGAUCUAUAGUCUCCAAAACAUGAAUGUUCAUUCUAGUAACACAACUUACAAUCCAUUCCUUAGCUUCGAUCCUAUGUAAUGAAUUUUUUAGCCAUGGAAACUGAAGAAAUGUGGAAAAAUCCCAAUCCAUCCCAGAACCAAGAAAACAACAAAACACAAAUGAAGGCACCAAGGCAAGGUUAUACAACAUUGGAACUUUUUUUUUCUUUCCCUAAGACUACAAUGUGAUUACUGUUGGGAACUCUGGGUACGAAAAUUCUCUUCACUCAUUCAGAUAACACUCAGUAACAUUUUUUAAAAGUAGGGAUUUUUUAAACCUUAUUUGUAUUAUGGCCCCCUUUGGCAUUAUGGUAAAGCUUAUGAACCACUUACAGAAAUACUUAAAUUCAUAAAAUAAUUUAAAAAGGAAACCAAAUAUAUUGGGAAAUCUAUCCACAAAUUCAAAACAAAUUCAUAGGUUUGUGAAAUCUAGAGAUACAAACGUCUGUCUGAAAAGAUUGCUCAAAGGAAUUGAAAGAUCAGAUGACUUUCUCAUGGGCAUUUUGGUCAUAAUAUGUAUAGAGGCAGCUUUAAUUCCAAGUCUUCCUAACUCCAAUGCUAGCUUCCUAUGUGUAUGGCCACAAUGCCUUUCUUGAAACCAUAUCUCAUUGAUAAUAAAGAACUUUUAUAUCU